AUGCCCAAGACACUUGACAAGUGGUACGAAUACGCCUCGCGGUUUGACAACCAAUGGAGAUCUGCUCAAAUCUUCAAGCGAGGAGCCACUACGACGACACGAGGAAAAGGCCGAUCUGUCCAUUGUCCCUACUACUCGACUUCUGCAAAGGAUCUGAACGCGAUGGAUGUUGAUCAUAUCAAUAUCUCGCACUUGUCCCCAGAUGAGCGACAGAAGAGAAUGAAAGAAGAAUUAUGUUUCCUAUGCGGAAAGAAGGGCCAUAUAGCCAACGACAGACAAUUUCACCCUCAGUCUGGAAGUUUCACCUGUGCUAGAACGAUACAGCCCAGGUUGGACAUGGACACGAUCACAUGGAUCAAGAAGAUGCGAGAAGACCUUGCACAGAAGAAGGAGAUGCCGAAGGAAGAAACCAGAGAGGAACAGAUCACCUAUGUGCGAAACGUCUUCAAUGACAUGACUGAUGAAGAAUGA